AUGUACGACGCCAUAUCCAGAGCUUGGACCUUGCAAUGCAACUGUUCUUCACCUCACGAAGCAAUGCUUUCGCUGAGCGAGUGCUUUUCAUGGGUUGGAGAUGAUACUAGUAUCGAACUCGACUUGCUUAUCUCCACGGGAGACGAGGCAUACCGCAAAUGGCAGGAAAGUCGCGUUCGUGUUGAACCUGUGCCGCGACGCGACGCGGUAGUUCGGUUUGACAGCAGACCACCACCUCUGAAGUCCCGCAAGAGUAGUACUUCAACCGCUGAAGGAAAGACUCCCAUUGACUCUAUCUGCGCCGUAGUUACCAAGGCUCGCCGCAGCAACGUUGUUCUUGAUGUGGUGUACGAGAGUGACAGAUUGUGGCACAAAGCAUGGAAACGGACAGCACAGAUCAUGAACCCAUGCACACUUGAUCACCUGCUUCGCCAUGAGCAUCAGAGAAAGCUGAAGGAGAGGCGGAUACUUGCAGUCAUAUUUGCCCACGCUCUACUACACCUCUGUGAUGGCAAUUGGCUGAAGAAAGAGUGGGACAAGACCCAAAUCUCCUUCUUCUCAUCCGCUCCUGAACAGCUCAACCUCAAACCGUACCUCAUAGCCCAGUUUCAGGCUCUUGAAGAGGAUCACGAGGACGUUGAAAUUCAGCUGCACCCAAGUCCUGCAAUCCUCGCUCUCGGAAUAUUGCUUCUCGAGUUACAGAUAUGGGGAACCAUUGAGAGUAGAAGGCAGCCGGAUGAUCUCACAGAUGACGGAUCUGUGAACGUCAACACUAAUUUAUUGACCGCAGAGCGCGUUUUCCAAGAGACGGACGAUGGGGUCUUCGAGAACUAUCGGAAAGCAGUGCGUGCGUGCCUCGACUGUGACUUCUUGGAUGAGCACGAAGUGAAUUUUAACGACGAGGAGUUCCGGUCACUCGUGUACGCAAACAUCGUGGCACCACUGGAAAGAGAGUUGUACCAAGGUUGGAAUAUGAGCCCAAGUGAUCUUUUGAGUGCAUUUCUGUAA